GGUGUCUCGUGUCAACAGCUUGUUUGAGUCACCAAAGACGGAUAUCUGUGGAAUUGUGAUGAAUUUGUGUACCUAUCAUAAUAUUUGGACAUGAUGUGAUGUAGAUAUCAUACCUAAGACUUCAUACCCUUCGUCAAUAUAUAGUUUUUCACUUUUUAUUCAAAACAUGGGCCUACUGUUCACAAGACUCUGGAACCUUUUUACGAACGAAGAACAUAAGGUUAUCAUUGUUGGCCUAGACAAUGCAGGGAAGACAACCAUUUUAUAUCAGUUUUUAAUGAAUGAGGUGGUGCACACAUCCCCAACUAUCGGCAGUAACGUAGAGGAGGUAGUAUGGAAAAACAUCCACUUCCUCAUGUGGGACAUUGGUGGACAGGAAACACUCCGGUCGUCCUGGAAUACAUACUAUACAAAUGCUCAGUUUGUGAUACUGGUGAUAGACAGCACGGACAGGGAGCGGUUAUCUAUAACGAAGGAGGAACUGUAUAAAAUGCUCAAUCAUGAUGAUCUGAGGAAAGCAGCUGUACUAGUGUUUGCUAACAAACAAGACAUAAAGGGCUCAAUGUCUGCGGCCGAGAUAUCACAACACCUGAAUCUGACAUCAGUCAAGGACCAUGCCUGGCAUAUACAGGCCUGCUGUGCUCUUACUGGGGAGGGACUUUACCAAGGUUUAGAGUGGUUAUCAAGUAACCUAAAAAGAAGAUGAUAUUGUUUAGGAUAGCAAGUGAGAGACUGCAGUAUUUACUAUGGUGCACUGGAGAUUAAGUGGUUCAGGACGUGACCAGGAGAUUGAGAGACCAUUAUAAUUGAUCAAAGGAACAUCUUUACAGUUCCUGUCUGAUUUCUCACCAUCCUCUGUUGUCAUUGAUGUGCCAUGCCAGGCUACCAAGCCUUGUUCCACCGUUGUCAGGAAUGUGUUCAGAAACAUUUUCACAUUACCAUGACUACCAAUCUUAAGUGCUGAUUCACAUGUAAUUAAGAAUAUAUAUAGAAGAUUUGUUUACAAGAGCCACCAGUUUCAUGUUAUUUGAGCUAUCCUGGCCCAAAGAGCCACAUGCCAUGGCACACCAUCCAUGUGUCCAACUUUUCUGACAUCUUGAACUUUCCUGUCCCUCCCCUGUAAAGAUUUCACAAAAAAAUAAGCUAUUUGAUUAAAUUAAAGCAAUCUUGUCACACAUGCAUAAGAGGCACAGAUGAGUUUAAUAUUGUUCUAGCAUGCCAAAGGGGAUAGAAAGAAGUAUAUGUUUGUACUUAGAUUACAUGGCUAUGAAAAAGGCCUCAUGGAGGUCAAAGUUCAAUCUAGAUACAAUAGGAAUCCAUGUGUAGGACUAAUUUCCUUAAGAAUAGUAAUUGUUAAAAAUUGACUAUACUUUGUAAUAUAAACUGGAUCUUACAUUUCAUAUACAGUGGAUCGUAGUCCUGUAGUGUACACUUAAAUUAAAUUAUGUUAAAUCACUUAGCAUCGCAUUCACAGGUUAAAUUGAACCUUAUAUAGUUUUGAUAUUCUUUGUUUUUAUGCCAUUAAGUCUGUUUAGAUUAGAAUCCUACUACUGUCCUUAAACUUCACUAAAGACUGCAGGCAUAUUUAGAUUAAAAACACUUUCAUUGCUGCUAACUUUAACCCUUUCAACCCUAUAUAACUUUAGUAAACUCUACCAUGCAUUGAUCUGGAUGAGUUCAUUAUGAACCACUGUUGAGAGGGUUAAAGCAGUGAAAUUGAUAGAUUCAAAUUCACAGCUAGUUUAUCUUUUUGGCUGGGGUAGCUUAUAUAAGUAAGUACAUUGUAGGCCACCCAUAGGGUAAAAGUCAAGAAUGGGUUGUUAUAUAUGUUGAUGUAAGAUAUAUAUUUAUUACUUUAUAUCCAAUAAAGAGAGUGAUACAGGCCCCAUGGACAUUAGAGAAAUGAGAACAAUAUAUGAACAUGUACAGGUAAAUUCACAAACAAGCUGUAUAUAUAUCAUAGAUUGAGUGAUCAUUUUUAUGAACAGAAAAAAAACAAUAUUUGGUAAAUAUGUUCUGUUCAAGUUCUUAUUUUUGAGAGUGGAUUUGUGAUUUAGUUACAUGAGGAAUGCCAAAACUAUUGAAAGCGAUCACUCAUAUCGAAGUAAAUUGUAUUAUGCAGGUCUAAAUAUUGUAACAGUGUAAAUGUAUGAGUGAAUAAUUGUACACUAAAUGCAAGUCAUUAUACGUGAUUGACAGGGAAUGAAUGAGAAUUAAAGAUUGUAUAUACUGGCUGCCUACAGAGUUAGAUUAAGUGUGAGUGUUUUGUGAGGGAUGUGUAUGCUCAAGCAUUGCCUGUUUGGAGUUUACUUAGUCGAUCAAAUACAACGCCAACUUUACAUUUUUUUAAUCAGGGAAGAUAUCUCUUGUUAAGCAUGUAAAUGUUGUAUGAUUUUUAGGCAUUAUUAACUUCUGUUUUUGUGAUAAAUAUAGCUCUUGUAAGUGAAUGUUUAGUUAUGGAAGGACGUUUUCCUGUUUUCCAGGUGAUAACGUUUUUCACCCCAGGAUUUCAGGUUUUCUUUUGAAAUGACACCAUCCAUAGAAUUCAACUAACACUAUCGGGUACAAUCAUAGAAGUAAUAGGCAAAAAACAACCAAAUGGUUAUAAAUCUAGAUCAAAUUAUUAUUGGAUAAUUUUGACUUGAUUAUGCAUGUAAUUUUAACAAAAAUGAAAGAAAAAAACGCUUAAAAAUAGUAUUAUCAGAACCUUUUUUCCACAAUCACUAGUUAUUGUGUUGAGGAAGCUGAUCCUAUUGACAUACAUUUAUUGUCGUGCCUAGUUUGGGACAUACACAUGUACAAUUUAUUUUCACUAUUAAAUGCAAGGCACACAGCUUGUAUUGUCACUUACUGCUGAAAUCAGAAAGCUUAAGAUUUUAUUAAAAAUAUAUUUAAAAGAUGUAAAAAAAACACCUUGCAGCUCAUUCUUGUUUCUUGUUGAAGAAUUAGGGCAAAGAAGGCGUUUCCUUCGUUAGUAGAACAGUACAAUUGUAGGUUUAUAUUGUCUUGUUUGAUCUUUUCUUAAGGAUUUUCAUAUCACUGUCAAAAACAGUAACUGUGCACUGGAAACGGUUUCUCCAGCAUGUCUGUAGUUUUGAUAAAUUGAUUUCUUAAAAGAAAACCAUAUUCAGCAGAAUGUUAUGAAAAGUAGAGUAAAACUAGUCAAACUGUAAUUAGCAAACAGUGGGAAAAGGAUACUUGAUUUGCAAAAAAAGACAACUUAAAAACUCAUUGAACAUUCAAAAUGAUACUUAUCUGGCUGUUGCUAUAAUCAAACAUUGUAAACAAAUAUUUAGUCAGAUACUACUGUCUCAUAUUAUGUUCAAUGAAAACAUGUUUUAUUAUUGGAAUUUAUUAUACGAGUAUUUGAAUUAAAAUUGAAUACAUGUACACAAAUGUACCAGUAUUUGGCUUCAAAAUCAGUAUAGAGUACUUAAGUAUGUACAGUGGAAACCGUUUGUAUACCUCCCCUUACAGUUAUUGUCAUGUUAACGUGUUAGGAGAGCUGUGAUUAGACCAUGUUAUUGACUUCAGGAAGGGGUCUCCAAAUACAGGUUUUACAGUAGUAGAACAUAAUAUGUCCAUACAGGAAUUCUCCACACCAAUUCUGUUAAAAGGAAAUUUGGUAAAUUAAAAGUACAAAGAAUGUAAAUUAUUUUUCAUUCGUUAAUAAGAAAAUAUUUCAUAACCAUUGGUAACAAAGCUGAUGUGCCAAAUGGAUCUCUUUAACCUUCCAUAAAAAAAGUUUAUAAAGCAAAAAUACUUUUUCAUUGUUUUUUUCCCCCUGUAAAAAGUGACGAUAUUGUAGUUUCCCUGUAUCAGUCAGCUUUAUAACAUUAAGGAUUUAACUCAAUCACACCUGCAGACUCAUUUGAACUCUUCCAAUUCAAAGGUUGGAAUAAUUCAUUAUGAAAUUUUAGGGGUAAAUGAGUUAAAGACAAUUGUAUUAUAGUUAGAGAUCGAAAAUAGUUCAGGAUAGUUUAGAGUCUCUUUGCAAUGAUGGACUAAGGGUCAGUACAAGGCUGGACCAUGUAUAUACAUCAGGAUGUAUUAAGUGGUUUGUCAUUAUUUUAAUUUUACACAAGUCGGUCUGAUGUUUGUUAUACAUAACGCAGUCACUAGGUUGUAAUGAUGGAAAUGGUACAUCAGCAGAAAACAGAGUUCUGAUGAGAGUUUGUGACAUGAAUGAAUGAAAUCAGACAUAUGUUAAAGAAAUACUGAGAUACUCAUUUCUACAGAAGCUCAUCAUCUUUUAUCAUUUAUCCAAAUUUUGAUAACCUGGUAUUUCUUUUUCACGUCUUCAUAGUAUGAUAACUAAAUGAUUGACUGCUGGGUGAGUGGAUGCUAUACCAGGCAACAAGUAAUGAUUUCUGUAGGUUUAAUUUGGAUUCCAGUUGCGACAAUCAAACAAAUUGAACUCCAUUGUGAACAAAACGAUAGAUGGUGUUAUUGUAGUAUCAGUGGUUGAAUUAAAAGGUUCUUGUGGAUUAAAAUUGAUUUUAUCAAGGAAAAGUAGUGCUGGGAUGUAACACUUAAUUGACAUAAAUAUCUUCAUUUCUUCUACAUCUACUGAUCUUGGCCCUCACAAAACUUCCUAACUGUCAGAACGUGCUCAUUUCUCAAAUUCAGAUUAUUAUUCAAGGGAUUUGUUUUGUCAAUGUGAAUUGAAAUAGGGUUUUUUUUCUUAUUAAUUCAUAUAACAAAAUCACUACAUAAUUUAAAACAGUGGAUUAAUUGCAGAAAAUUCAACUCUAGAACCUUAAAGAAGAGAUGUAUCGUUUAAGGGAAUUUGAGAUUAAGAAUGUUCCGCAAAUGAAUACCUUUUGUGAUACGGGGGCUUGGUGGUUAAUUACUGUGUUCUUACAAUGAAAAGGUUAAUUGUCAAAGCUAUGAGGAGAAAAUCUUCCAGAAUGAUAUUUAAUGUGUUUAAAUUAUAAUAAAAAAAGUUUGGAAUUUGUUUUGUUGAACAAUAAUCACUAACUUAAUACAUUUUAAGUUUUGGCUUCAUGUAAAUCAACGUUUAAAGUAUUUCAUGCUUGAUGAUGAGUAUGCAAAGCUUUAAUUGUUUUUGUUUGAAACUAUUUAAAAUGUGUAUGCACUAUGUUGAUGGCCAGACUUCUAUACUCUAAUGUAUCUUUAAUUAUGUUGCCCACAUUAAACAUUUCUUUUCAGAGUCCAAUUUGUUUGUUGUGCAAGAAGUCGUAUAUGUAUCGUUUAUAGCCCAGUAUCCAUCUUUUCACUGUGACCUAUUUCCUGUUAUUCAUGUUCUAUAUAAUGUUGUCAACAUAUGAUUGAGCAGUAAUGAUAUUUAGGCGCUUUUCAAGCUAAUUCAAAGGCACCUAUUUACGAUAACUGUUGGUAUGAAAUCAAUUAACCCUUUCAUCCGUAUGUAACUUUAGUAAACUCUACCACUUAUUGAUCUGGAUAAGUCCGUUAUGGUUUACAGGGGUGAAAGGGUCAAUUCCUGCAUGUAAUAGCUCAAUAUAACACUAAGUAAUUAUGCCACAGAGUGUUUAGAAAGAGGCAGAUGGAAGAGGUAUGAGAGGCGAGUAUGGACUACUACUUUGAGUAGUCGGAAUUAUUCGGACGUUUUAUCGACUCUUUUGAUAAAAAAAAAGUCGAUAAAACGUUAGAAUAAUUCGGACUACUACUUUGGGUUGAAUUAGGAAGUGUUAUUUUAUUUUCGCGCUCAGAACAAUGAAAUGUGAUUCACAUUUUAAUUAUCAUAACUGGCCAGUAUGACAUCUAGAUAAUUUGAUAUUGUAGUGGAAGUGUUGAAUUGGCGAUUUCAAAUCACUGCAAUAUGCGCAAAAAUAAAAUUACCACAAAAACCCGUGAUACAGUAAUUUUUCUACCAUUGAAUUUCUCUAAAAAAAACUAUAUUCAUGAAGUAUUUUGAAUUGUGAGUAUUCUGUUAUGUAAAAUGAAAUAAAGACUUUAAUGUG